AUGCCGUUGCUCAUGGAUGGGCUGGCUUAUGCCGGAGCAAUCUGGUCGCCUGUUGUUUUUUGCGUCCAGGCCAUUGGUUUAUAUCAACUCUUUCGCUCCUAUUCGCGUCCUCCGCCUCCGCCAAUAUCGCCUUCACUCGCAUCUCAGGAUGUACCGCACGUAACCGUGAUUCGCCCAGUCAAAGGCCUCGAGCCGCAGCUGUACGAAUGCCUGAUCUCGACCCUCCAGCAAUCGUAUCCAAGGGACAAGCUAAGCGUGCACCUCUGCAUCUCAUCCAAAGAUGACCCCGCCUACCCUGUCCUAAAGAAGAUCGUGGCCGAAUACGGCGCCACACAUGACGUCCGUCUCUUUGUCGAAACCGAAGAUCCGUUGCUCUACGGCACGGCUGGUGACACACGUAACCUUGGCCCCAAUCCCAAGAUUCGGAACAUCAGUCACGCCUACCGUGAAGCCAAAGGCGACAUAAUAUGGAUCAUUGACUGCAACAUAUGGGUGUCUAAAGGCACGGCUGGCCGGAUGGUUGAUAAGCUAUGCGGUUUCCCUGCUGGCUCCAGGCCCUACAAGUUCGUCCACCAGCUUCCCCUGUCUGUGGACGUCACUCCGCCUCAAGACUCCCACGUCCUGCGAACCGGCGGCGGCCGCCUCGAUGAGAUGUUCAUGGCAACCACGCAUGGCAAAUUCUAUAGCGCAAUCAACACCGUUGGCGUCGCACCCUGCAUCUGUGGCAAGAGUAACAUGUUCCGCAAAUCCCAUAUCGACCGCCUCACUGAUCCAGCACACAACCCUAUACUGCCGAAAGAAACAGUGUCCCGCCCACACGGUAUAGACUACUUCUCGGCAUACAUCUGCGAGGACCACCUGAUUGGAGAUUUGCUCUGGCGUUCGCAUGUGCCCGGCCAUGGCAACCACGGCCUAGUAUUCGGCGACCUGGCUUUGCAACCCAUGACGAACAAUUCGGUUGGGUCAUACAUUGGCCGCCGGGUGAGAUGGCUUCGCGUGCGCAAGUGGACGGUCAUCCUAGCAACUCUGGUCGAGCCCGGAGUCGAGUCAAUGGUUUGCUGCAUGGCGUUCGCCCAUGCUCUGACCACCACGCCGUGGUGCCCCAACCCCGCCGACUGGCCCAUCCCCCAUACCUGGACUGCCCUGUGGUCCAUCUGGUUGGCUGCAAUCGCCGUCUGGGCCACAAUGGACUAUGUGGUGUACUGUUUUCUCCAUUCUUGUCGCAGCAUCGAAAAUGACGCAGACUCUCCAGACUUUGCGCAAGGCAAAGAGCUCAUGAGGCGGCCUUUUGGCGCCUGGAUUCUGGCAUGGAUCGGUCGUGAAGUUCUUGCACUGCCUAUCUGGACCAGGGCUGUGUUACUCGGCACCACAGUCACGUGGCGAGGCACCAAAUUCAAGAACAUCUCCUUGUCCUCAAACCCUUUCAAUAUGGACUCGUUCGUCUACCGUAACACUCCCUCGCCCAAGGUCAUAUUUGGGCGCGGAACCCUCUCGAGCCUCGCAAAUGAGAUACGCUGCCUAUCUGAUCCCAGCGGCUGCAAAAAGCCUCUACUUGUGUCCUCACCUGGCCGUGUUUCUCUAGCCCAAGAAAUUCGACAGAUGCUCGGCGAGGAUGGAAUUUCUCAGGUCGAGCUAGUCAGCACUGCCACCGUCCAUAAUCCUAGCUCCGUCAUAAAUGAUGCUCUACCACUGGCGGCCGAUCGGGAUUGUAUCGUAUCGUUGGGCGGCGGCAGUGCCGUAGGGCUGGGGAAAACACUUGCUUUGAGGACGGGACUACCCCAUGUGGUUAUCCCCACGACCUACUCGGGCUCUGAAAUGACACCGAUCCUAGGGGAGAAGGGUGCUGAUGGAAAGAAAGUUUCGGUGACGGACCCCAAGAUCCUGCCGACCGUCGUCAUCUACGACGUGGAUUUGACAUUGGACUUACCCCUGAAGGUAUCCUUCCCGAGUGGCAUUAACGCCCUUGCCCACUCAAUUGAGGCUUUGUAUGCCGAGCACAGCAACCCGGUAACGUCGAUUCUUGCCUUGGAAUCCAUCAGGUCUCUCAGCUCUGCUCUUGGUAGGCUGAGUGGGAAUCCGAAGUCGGUCCAGGCUCGCACCACCCUCUUACGUGGUGCUUUCCUCGCAGGAUAUGUCGUCGCCUCCACUGGGAUAGCUCUGCAGCACAAGCUGACCCAUGCUGUGGCUGGCACGGCCGGACUCCCGCAUGCGGAGACGCACGCAAUACUGUUGCCUCAUAGUCUUGCCUAUAACUUACACUCCAUACCAAAACAAACCAUAGCGAGCUUGACAGAAGCCAUGUCACCGAUGGAGGUUUCUGGGUCUGUCGCUGAUCUGCCGGGGCCUGUCAUCCUGCUAAACGAUUUGCUCGGUGUCAUCGGCAUUCCACGCGCCCUCAAGGACCUGGGGAUGGCGAAGUCUGACAUCGAAAAAGUCACUGAUGUGGCCAUGGAAAAGCCGUACUGGAACCCCCGUUCAAUCGAAAAGGAAAAAGUCCGGGAGUUGAUAAGGCGGGCUUGGGAAGGAGAAACAGCCAGAGCUGACUUAUAA